AUGACAUUUAUUUUGGGUAACUAUGGAAUAUAUGCAGUGGCAGCCGCCAUUUACAGUACACUGGGCGAUAUGAAGCAAGUUCAAAUGUAUUCGCAGCAGUAUCAAGAGGCUACACAGGUCGAAGCCACACAGGAGAAUGCUUCCGAUGGAAUAUAUUUGGGUACUGCCGGUAUAGCCUACAUGUUUUACCAAAUAAGUAAAAACCCCAUUUUCGAAAAUCAGAAAACACAUUUAUUGAACGUGGCAAUUCACUACAUGAAGCCAGAAUUGAGCAUAGCUAAGUACAGUACCAAAUACCCCGCAGACAUUCCAUCAUUUAUUUUGGGUAACGGUGGAAUAUACGCAGUGGCGGCCGCCAUUUACAGCACCCUGGGCGACAUGGAGCAAGGUCACUCGUACUCGCAACAGUACCAAGAGGGUGCACAGAUUUGCAAUGCACCUUCGUUUUUAAACAAUGGUUCUGAUGAGCUGUUCGAUGGAAGAGCUGGGUAUAUUAUGGGAGCGUUGUGGAUAACGAAGGAAAUUAAAAUAAUUAUAAAUAAAGAUGAAAUCUGGGAUAUAUGCUCAGUAAUUGUUUCAUCAGGAAGAGAAUAUUCUAAGGCGAACAAGAGUGCUUCGCCUCUUAUGUACUCAUACUACCAAAUUGAAUACUUGGGUGCUGCCUUGAUGUAA